AUGAUUGAUGAUGAUUCUGAUUUUCAGAAUAUGUUGUCGCCUGUUUAUCCCCUUGGUGUUGACCGGGUUGAUGUGACUAUUACUGAAAUGGGCAUUUCAAAUGAAAAACAUAGAGUUGGAGAAUCAGGGGACGCUACUGGAUCCAACAUUACUGAUGAUGAAAUUGAUUUACUCCCUAUGUUUUGUCAACAUGAAGAAAGGACUUUGUUGUCUUGUGGAUGGGUGAAUGGAAUUACUCAUGUAGGUCAAAGAUUUAUUGGAGGUGCAAAGGAUUUCCGAACUGCAUUAUGUAAAUAUGCCAUUGAGAUAGGAUUUGAGUUUGUGUAUGUGAAGAAUGAGAAGUGUCGGGUCAUUGCUGUGUGUUCAAUGCGGGAGUCGAAAGCUUGUUUAUGGCGAGUACAUGCAUCUCUAGAAAGUGCUAAUAAUUUUUUCUACAUUAGGACUCUACAUGAUGAGCAUACUUGUGGAGCUGCAGCUCGUACUUCUAAAAACUCAAGGAUGAGUUCAAAUUUGGUUGCAAGUUUGAUUGUUAAUGAAGUUCGUGGAAAUCCCCAAACUCGUCAAAUUGAUGUUGUGCGCCAAUUUACAGAUCAAUACGGGCUCACCAUUACAUACAAUCACACUUGGUUGGGAGUUGAGAAAGCUAGGACUACUACUUUUGGAGAUUUCUCUAUGUCUUAUGAUGAGAUUCAAUGGUAUAUGGAUAUUGUGAUGAGCACAAAUCCUAGUCGUUAUUUGCGUCUUAACUAUAACCAUCAAUGUGGACAGUUCAAGAGGUUUUUUGUUGCAUUUAAUGCUUCCAUUCAAGGGUUUAGGCAUUGCCGUCCUCUAUUGUUUAUUGAUGGAACUUUUCUGAAGGGGAAAUAUAAGGGCACCUUGUUAACAACUACAGCGAAGGAUGGGGAUCGAGGUUUUUCCCCUCUUGCAAUGGCAAUUGUCGAUACGGAGACUACAGACAGUUGGGAAUGGUUUUUUACGCAUUUGUCGAAUAUAUUGUUGAAUGAAAGACCAAUUACCUUCAUAUCUAAUCGGAAAGAUGGACUUUUGGAGGCUUUACCCAAGGUUUUACCUACCACUUAUCACUAUUUUUGUCUCCAACACUUGAAGGCCAAUUUGAGGGAUAGGUUCUCUGGUCCAAGUUUCAGUAAUACUUUCAAGAGUAGAAUAGUUUUUUUGUUUUCUUCAUGUGCUUAUGCUCCGACAGUGGGAUGUUUUAAUCAGUGCUUGAAAGAAUUACAAGAUGAGGGAAAAAGGAUCGUUUAUAGGUUUCUAUCCAAUUUGCCCUAUGACAAGUGGACUAAUGCAUAUUUUAAAGAACAAAAAUACGGUGAAAUGCACUCGAAUGUGGCGGAUUCUUUCAAUUCAUGGAUUCAUCAAGCUCGACAUUUGCCCACUACGAAGACAAUUGAUUCAAUUAAGUUGAAGAUCAUGGAUUUGAUGUCAAGAAGGAGAGAACAAGCUAAGAAAUUGAAUACUUUUCUUUGUCCGGAGAUGGAUUUAACAUUAGUAAAUGCUCUUAAAAGUGGAAGAACUUGGUUGGUUAGUCGUUCAAAAUCUGAGGAAUCUGGGAGUUCUGCUGAGGAAGCCUACAAUCCGAGUGAUUAUAUUCUGUCAGCAGGUCAGGUUCAGCCCGUUGUAGGAUUGUCGGAGAGUGUAGAGCUGUGUAUGAUCCGAGGAGAUGGAUUUGAGCAGGGGACAGAUAAUUUGACGGCUAUGGAAGAGGACCUUGCCAACCUCCAACUUUUCAAUGACCAAGAUCCAAGGGACGCAGCAAUCAACUGGUUUGAUUAUGAGGAAUCAGCGGAGGCUACCGGGUGGUUGGAUGAUCAACUAGAUGUUAUGGAAGAGUUCCAACCAGAAUGA